CAAGACGAAAGCCUGGGGGCUGACGUGUCGGGCUCUCACAGGGCCUCAGUCAUCGACGCGUCCGGAGAGUCCAGGCACGAAAUUUCCUAACCUGGAAGAGGGGUCGCCCGAAGUGCGAGAUGCAAGCGGGGAAGCCCAUUCUCUAUUCCUACUUCCGAAGCUCCUGCUCAUGGAGAGUUCGAAUUGCUCUGGCCUUGAAAAGCAUCGACUAUGACACAAUGCCCAUCAACCUCAUAAAGGAUGGGGGGCAGCAGUUCUCUGAAGAAUUCCAGGCUCUGAAUCCCAUGAAGCAAGUGCCGGCCCUGAAGAUUGAUGGGAUCACCAUCAGCCAGUCACUGGCCAUCAUUGAGUACCUGGAGGAGACUCGGCCCACUCCGCAGCUCCUGCCUCAGGACCCAAAGAAGAGGGCCCGCGUGCGCAUGAUCUCCAGCCUCAUCGCUGGCGGCAUCCAGCCCCUGCAGAACCUGUCUGUCCUGAAGCAAGUCGGGCAGGAAAACCAGCUGACCUGGGCCCAGAAGACCAUCAAUUCCGGCUUUAAUGCCCUGGAGCAGAUCCUGCAGAGUACGGCGGGCAAGUACUGUGUGGGAGACGAGGUGUCCAUGGCUGAUCUCUGCUUAGUGCCUCAGGUGGCAAAUGCCGAAAGGUUCAAGGUGGAUCUCACUCCCUACCCUACUAUCAGCCGCAUCAACAAGACACUGCUGGCCUUGGAGGCUUUCCAAGUGUCUCACCCUUGCCGGCAGCCAGACACCCCGCCUGAGCUGAGGGCCUAGCUCUCAAACCUGGCCCCUUGGUUUGGGAGCAGGGAGGAGGCGCAGGAACAGAAGCUGGGUGGACUGAACAGGCCUGGAAACACCAAGCUUUAACUGGAGAGGCAAGAGACUUGUACCCCCAGCCGUUGAACCUGAAUCUAGCUCUAGAUCUGCCUUCCCACUCAGCCUCUUUCUGCCUCAGUCCCCCAUCUGUGAAAUGUGGGCAGGGUGGGAUGGGAGGAUGCUGGGAGGAAGAGAGGCAGGAACGUUACCUACUGUCUCUGUCACGGGGCAGUUACAAAGGUGGAGGAAGAAUAUAGGCUAAAUGCCUGGCAGUUUACCCAAAAGCCUGAGCGCCUCCGCACCCCGUCUACUGUACCUGACUCCAAAGAACGCCCACACUGAAAUUUGAUAAUUAAACUGAAGUCAAGGCC